CUCUUAUAGCUAAGCUCCUGCUUACUACCCCCAACUGCUAAUAAGACAUGGCAAGCAGGAAGCUUUUCGUUGUCGUCUCAUCCCUCCUCCUCAUCUCAUUGGCAUCCUUCCCUUCCAUAACUGCCACCACAUACCAGCCAAAGGCCGCUGUGCAUGUGGUUGUGGAAGGCAUGGUAUACUGCCAGAGCUGUGACUACCGUGGAUGGUCCUUGACCGGAGCUACCCCACUCCCUUUGGCUAAAGUCAGCGUCGUUUGCAAAAACAACAUAGGCCAAGUCGGUUACUACAAGACUUUCCAAGCAAACGCUAACGGCUACGUGUAUGCUGAGCUAGAAGGCAACAAAAUGAACCGUGCAUUGGACUAUCCCCUUCAGAACUGCAGAGUGAAGCUAGUUUCUUCUCCACUUCAAAAGUGCAACCUUGCCACCAAUGUCAAUUAUGGCAUUGAUGGCGCCCAUCUUCGUUCCGAAGGCAAGAGUUACACGAGUCCGAAUUAUAAUGCUGUCAUAUAUGCUGCAGGGCCCUUUGCUUUCCGUCCUUCUCGUUGUCCUUACACUACCCACCAUUGAUAUCCGACACGCCAUUCCUUGAUCAACUUAGCUCCCCAUUCAAACUUAAUCUUUGCAUCUGUAUUACUUUGUAAGCUUUUUGUUCCAAGUGUAACUGUGUUUCCAGAUGGUUUUGUUUCUUGAAUGUUUGUACUAUGCAGUGUGAAAUGAAAUGUUUCAUUUGCCCAAAAUUUUAAUAAUAUAAAUCUUUUCUCUUUA